AUGUCUCUCUUCGCCGCACAGCUUCACCCAGGCCGGGCCUUGGGGUUCCUCAUCCUCGGCGCCUCGCUCCACGAUGUCCUGACCAGACUCAAGGCCGAACCCCAACGCUUCCCGCAGCUCGACCUCGCUUACUCUCGUGAACGUCCCAUAGAGGACCCUGUAUCUCUCACCCUCCCUGCCAACGGCCUGCGCUUGCGCUUUGACGGACCAGAGCAACGUCUGCGACUGAUCGAGAUCAUCGACUUCACGAAGAACCACAUCACCUUCAAGGAUCGUGAUCUUGUCAAACCUGCGAACGCGCAAGGUCCGCCCUCGUCGCCCAUGCCCGGAGAAUCGAGUGCCGGACCCACGUUUCGACAUAUUUACCACCGGCUCCUGGGCCCGACCUAUGGCGGCGAGUACAUUCCUCCGACGGCUGACUCGCCGGAUGACGUGGGAAACUACGUGCUGUCGUACCCAGGCGUGGCCUUCACCUUCCGCCUCGCGCAGUCGGCCUACUCGCCCAACAAGGACGUUGUCUCUCUCCUCUCGUCCUCCGCCGCCCAGAUAGCGACGUCAAUGGCUGUCUUCGCCGGCGACUCGUGGUCACAGGCGCGAGAGAAUAUCUGGAGCGAGAUCCUCCCCAGCAUCAAGACGGUACCUGUUCUUCCAAGGGGGAAGGACGUGGUACCCGAUGAGAUAUCACUCGUCAAGAUCCAUGGGGGCGGCAAGAUCCAGCUGUUUCGGAAGUGGACGGGCGCAUCCUUCUGGGUCAGGCUCGGCGAAACGACACCUCAAGAGCUCGUGGCCGAGCUGGGACCCCCGAAUGCGACAUACCGCAAGAACGACCAGAGAAUGACCAUUCACAAGAUCCGCACCGCGAGUCACAGCCGCACGCGCGCCAACGGGACGGACACUACGCGCCCUGACGAGCUGACUGACACGGAUCAGUCGUCAGCGCACACGGGCUCCGAUGACUCCAACGACGAGGUUGUUGAGGACGAUGCCGUGGGCCGCGUAGGUGGCGAGUGUUUCUACAACUAUUUCUAUCUCGGGUUUGAUGUCCUCGUUUCGACACCUACUCCGCCAUCACAGCCUCCCCCAACCACUGCCACGACGACACUGCCGCCGAGCAGCACGGCAAUCUCCGAGUCCCCAGACCGGCUCGUGGCGACAAAGCUGGUGCUUCACGGAAACGUGCCGGGUUCCUACGAGUUCAACCGUCAUCGGAGGUGUCGGUGGGAGAUUAGCUAUCUCGAGGAUGACGCUGCUGGUACAACAACAGCCAACUCGGAGGCCAGGUUCACGGACAUCGAAGAGAGGCUGCACGAAGCGUGGAAGGGUCUACUACCAAGCGGAGAUGGCGCGCAGAGGCAACGGGGCAUGGUAUUGAACCGUGGAUGGGGCGACAGCCCCGGAAGCAGCGUCGAGUUCCUCGGUGGGUGGGAAGACAGCGGCGGCCACGGUGGCGUGCAGAAGCUGGACGGCGGUGAUGAUUCGACCACGACGCUUUAUGGUUUCCCAGGGCUCGUGUUUGAAGUUCUCAAGAACGGUUUGGUUAACACAUUGACGGUAUUCUAG